ACAAGGAAUAACGUGAAUUAUAUCCCAGAAAUCAAAAGGAGUUGUGAGCCUGUUUCUCUCUUGUCACGUUCAUAGAGUAGUUGGGAGAUUUUGAUAUUUCAAUACAUUUUGUUUCCUUUCAAACAUCGCACUUUCCAAUCAAAUUUUGGUCCAGAAAAUUGGCAUAUGAUCGUAUAGCUUCGGAUUCAGAAAUGGGUGUCAUGGAACUUACAUGGAGAUCAUUCAUUCCGAGCUGUUCAAAGGGUAUUGACGAGGAACCGGCUGCGAAGAAGACCAAGAAAGUUGUGACAAAACAGAGUUCGUUUAACCGGUUGGCAAUGUUGGAUUUGAGCAAUCCCAGCACCACUCUGUCGGAGGAUAUAUCGGUUUCGCUUGCUGGAUCAAACCUUCACGCAUUCACGCAAGCGGAGCUUAAGGUGAUCACACAAAGUUACUCUUCUAGCAACUUCCUUGGUGAAGGAGGGUUCGGAAGGGUGCACAAGGGGUUCGUUGAUGACAAGCUCCGGCCAGGGUUGACCGCUCAGCCGGUGGCUGUUAAGGUGUUGGAUUUAGAAGGACUGCAGGGACACAGAGAAUGGCUGACUGAAGUGAUUUUUCUCGGCCAAUUGCGGCAUCCCAAUCUGGUGAAAUUGAUCGGAUAUUGCUGUGAAGAGGAACAUAGAUGCCUGGUUUAUGAAUAUAUGCCCAGAGGCAGUUUGGAGAAUCAGCUUUUCAGAAGAUACUCUGUAUCACUUCCAUGGACAACGAGAAUGAAAAUUGCAUUCGGCGCGGCAAAGGGACUGGAAUUUCUCCAUGAAGCAGAGAAACCUGUUAUAUACCGGGAUUUUAAGGCUUCGAAUAUUUUGUUAGACUCUGAUUAUAGUGCCAAACUUUCAGAUUUUGGCUUAGCAAAAGACGGUCCAGAGGGAGAUGAUACACAUGUUUCGACUCGUGUCAUGGGCACACAAGGUUAUGCUGCUCCUGAAUACAUAAUGACAGGGCAUUUGACGGCAAUGAGUGAUGUGUAUAGUUUUGGAGUAGUGCUUUUGGAGCUUUUAACUGGGAGGAGGUCAGUAGACAAGAACCGUCCUCAGAGGGAACAGAACCUGGUAGAAUGGGCCAGGCCAAUGCUGAAUGAUUCCCGGAAACUUCCCCGGAUAAUGGACCCGAGAUUGGAAGGGCAGUACUCGGAAUCCGGGGCACGAAAGGCAGCUGCAUUGGCUUAUCAAUGCCUGAGUCACAGGCCUAAGCAAAGACCCACAAUGAGUACUGUGGUGAACAUCCUGGAGCCACUCCAGCAAUGUGAUGACAUUCCCAUUGGAACUUUUGUUUAUAUAGUUCCUGUGGAGUGUGAUACCAGUAUGGAGGAUAUGAAGGAGAGUGAUACCAAGAAGGAAGCUAAAAAGGAAAGGAGCCGCCAUAAAAGCCACCAGCGGCAUCACAUUAGAUCGCCGAGAUCUCCAAAUCCGAACGGGUUGAAUUCUCCAUUGCACAACAGAGACAGGGGAGCAUAGAGUACUUGAACCGGAAACUGUAAGUCCUACGGUGUAAAUAGGCAUUGGUUGGAGACAUUGCAAUUUGUGGCAUCUGUUUGAGAGGAAGACUUCUGUUCAAUUGAUUUUUUGGUUUUUUAGAAAUACAAGAACGUUUCUUUUUUUCUUUCUUUUUUUCUUUUUUCUUUUUUUGGAUGCCAAGAAAAAGACCAAUUCAAAUAUGGAGGGAGAAUCACCUACUCAGAUAUGGUGAUUAGAAUUAGAAGUAGGUACUCAAUAUUGUCAAGCAUACAGCUAAGCAGUUUGGAAACAAAGUGGACAGGAAGUGUUAAUUAUUGUAUAAUUAUUACUUUUUUGUGACUAAGUUGCCACCAAUCCCAUUUGUAAAUUGCA